UGUGUGUGUGUGUGUAUUUGAGUGUGUCUGCCCGCCGGUGUGCGUGCCUACGUGCCGCUUCCUUUCCGCUCGCCAUCGCGCUCAAUGUUGCAACCACCAUGACAGGCAUCGCCGCUGCCUCCUUUUUCUCUAAUACGUGCCGUUUCGGAGGCUGCGGGCUGCAUUUCGACUCCCUGGCGGAGCUGAUCGUCCACAUUGAGGACAGCCACAUCGAUACGGAUCCUCGCGUGCUUGAGAAACAAGAGUUGCAGCAGCCCACAUACGUCGCUCUCAGCUACAUAAACAGGUUCAUGACAGAUGCAGCGAGGAGAGAGCACGAGUCUCUGAAAAAGAAAGUUCAGCCAAAGCUGUCCCUCUCUCUGACAGGCAGCCUAUCACGUAACAGCGUGUCCACUCCGCCUCGACACACCAGCGGCAACCUCACUCCACCCGUGACCCCACCUAUUACACCCUCAUCUUCAUUCAGGAGCAGCACUCCCACAGGUAGCGAGUAUGACGAGGAGGAAGCAGACUAUGAAGAGUCCGACAGCGACGAGUCUUGGACCACCGAAAGUGCCAUUAGCUCCGAGUCCAUCCUCAGCUCCAUGUGCAUGAACGGAGGUGACGAGAAACCUUUCGCCUGCCCUGUGCCUGGCUGCAAAAAGAGAUACAAGAAUGUGAACGGUAUCAAGUAUCACGCCAAGAACGGCCACCGCACUCAAAUCCGUGUGCGCAAGCCGUUUAAAUGCCGCUGUGGGAAAAGCUACAAGAGCUCGCAGGGUCUGCGCCACCACACCGUCAACUUCCACCCGCCCGUCUCUGUUGACAUCAUGCGCAAGCUGCAGCAGUAGAGCGGGCCUCUGUGCCAACCCGAUCCUUCACGCAUACGUUCCAUUAUUAGAAGCUGUUGCAGGCUCUGCAUUUGAUACCUUUUCCGCUUUGUUCCUCUUUAAUCCUCCUUGUCCUCCACGAGGAAGACGCUGUCCCCUCAUUUCACCUCUUCAUGAGGAAACCUCAUUUACCCCUUCAUUUAACUCUUCCAUAAGGAAGACUCUUUCUAUCUCAUUAUCAUUUCAUACCUCUAGGAGGUUUUCUUUAUCCCCCUGCCCAUUCCAUCUUUAUGUGAAGAGUAAACCCUUUUACCCUCUUAAUUCCAGGAGCACCUUUGCUCCCUUUACACUACGCUUUGUAUUGCAUGCAUUUUUUUUUUGUAUCCUGUUAUCUGUUCUGUGUCUUUGAGAUGAUGUAUAAUAGUAGAGUUUGCAGUUUUGUACUUUUGCACAUUCAAUUAUUAUUCCUUUGCUGUCUUGUAUUACAAUUGAAUUAAGGUGCUUAUUGUGAAAUUAUUGGGAUACGUCGAGAUCGUUUGAGGCUUUUAUUAAUCACUGUGGGACGAGUUCCUAAGAGUUGCUGUCACCACUUGGGGCAGCAUGUGAUGUAUGUCAAAGCCACAAUAUCAAAAUUCAACCAGCAUGAUUUUGGCUUCUGACAAGAGAAAGGGGCAAAAAAAAACGUGAUGGGUGGAAAAUAUCUAACGGUUUGUGCUACCCAAUAAGAAUAUAUCGAACAUUUUUAGUUGUAGCUUAUAAUAAUUGCAUAUAGACUUUCAUAAUCCAAUAUUAAACAAAUCCCUUUUUUUCCAUGUUUAAUUUGUUUGCAUUUGCAGUUAAAAGGUUUUUACAAGGCUAAAGAUUCGUUUUUUGGAUUUAAAUUUUAUCCCAUAUUUUUCACCCUUGGACAAAUCGUGUUUUACACCUAUUUGCAAUCUCUCAGGUGACAGAACGCCAGCAUUUUAGACACAUUAUCUUGCCCAUGUGGACUAAUGGUAUUUUUUUAUACAGCUGUUACACGGGUCCCAGGCCAGCUGUGGCUGGUUUGUUCUAGAACCUCUGUGGCAUUCUAGAACGCCGCAGCUGAUCCAUUGCCUGCUACAGGACCUAAAGCACUUUGUAGCACCUAGUUGCCAAGCUAGUUAGGAAGUUUCCAUUGCCAACACGUCAGGGACUGCAGAGAGCAACCUGUGAGUCACUGAGUCAAAUUUACACACUGACGCACUGCUAUUGGGGUUGGAGUACAUUUCAAUCUAGGGGAUUGCUUUUCUUUUCUCUUGUCUUGCAUCAGAGCUCCAAAGUGUGUAUUAGUUUUUCAGAUUGUUGUAACUGAUUGCCUUGAACUGUAGAUCACAGCAUUCCAUAGUUUUGGUAUAACAAGUCGAUCUGGAAUGGGUUUUUGUCCUUCGACACUGAGCUAUCCGAGCCCCCUUUCAGAUGGCCACUUGAGUUAUUGUAUUUCCCAAUAUUAAAACUAGAGCAGAGCAGUUGCCCAUCACCUUCUUGGGUGGCCUUCUGCACCAACAGUGUUUUGUUUUGCUAAUGUGGCAGUAGGAUAACUCAGGGAUGUCCUGUCCUAGAGUUAGUCAUUUUUUUCAGCUUGAGGGCACGUCAGACAGGAGAACCUGUCUUCUGUGUACCAGCAGUUAUCUUGCAUUAAAAUGAAUAGAAUAGUUAUAUAGUACAAAAUCAAUCACCCUACUCUGGGAGGUAUCAGAGGAAAAACAAGAAGAGAAGGCAGAGUAAGCUCUGAUCCAAGAGCCAAGCUGCCAAUCACCCACAAUCAUGACAUUCUAACUGCAUGGACGUCAAUGUUGUAAUGGAUAUAUCUGUUUGACAGUAUUAUACUGCCAGUCUAGAGGGAAGUAUUGGACAUGUUGUGCAUAGUUUAUGUAUUAUGUAUCUGUGUAAGUGCAUUAAAUUAUAUUUUCAUACAUUUGGGGGGGGGGGGGGUUCCUACAUGUAAUGCCAUUGACACCAGGGUUUGUUUUUAAACUGGUGAACUUUCAACAAAAAUGGAAAAGAAAAAACUGACAAAAAAGCUGCUUCAUAAAUGUAAACCUGGUUACAAGAUAAAUAUUAAAUGGCCUCUGAUGUGUUUUGAUAA